AUGGACGGUGGUGCUGACGCGUGGAGCGUGCCAGCUUGGGGAGCCAGCAGCGCCAACGCUGCUCCUCACGAUAACAGAAUACUUAACAGAAUAAUGCUCCGAUUUCGGCCGAUCGCACCCAAACCUGUCGCCGGAGGCUCUCUCCCUUCCUCCGGUGAAGCUCAAGGUAGCAACGGCAAGGCUCCACUCACCGGAAAAAGAGCGAAGAGGAAGUACGUUAGGGUUCGCAGGAACAGUGUUAGCGAGAGAAAGAACAACGAUAAAUCUCACGAGAAAUUAGGUGAAACAAGCGAAAACGUCGCGGUUGUUACCCUCCAGCUGAUGCCGGAGAAGGAGGAUCCGAAACAACACUCCCUCGCCGGAGAUUCGUGGUGUAAGAACGUUGAUCUCGACCUAACCGUGGAGAAUAUCCAGAUCCUCGAUAAUAACCUGGAGCCACCGCGCGUGGCGGCGAAUCUUGACUCGGUUAAGGUUCUAGAUCCACUUCCUCCGCCGUCGCUGGCGGCGGUUGAGUCCUGGGUGACGGUUGAGAGCGUGACAGGCACGUGCAUGGGGGAAGGCGAGGGAGCAAGAGGAAUAGGAAUAGGUUGUUGUACGGACGCUGAGAUGGUGAAGAGCUUAGAGGAUGACACGUGUCCAGCGUUCGUUUCGGACGGUUACUUCAGGGUUGGGUGGGUGAACGAGGCGUUCAAGAGGAUGGUGGCGAGUGAGGGAAACGGUUUGCCGUUGGUGUGGGUGAAGGUGAAGGAUAACGCUGCGUGGUGCUUUUGCUAUUCUUACCCGGCGUUCACCUGCGGGGUGAGACUGCAGUACACGUGGCGGAACGAGAAGUGCACGAAGAUGGUGCCGUGUGAUGUUUGGAGAUUGGAAAGUGGCGGCUUUGCAUGGAGGCUGGACGUGAAAGCUGCACUCAGCUUGGGUCUCUGA